ACUCAUAAAAGCAUUACAAAAACCAUUAGUCCUGAGGUUUGGCUAUCUAUUUGGUAAUCGAAGCUAAGACAUAUCCAAACAUUGGUCCGAUGGAAUAAGAAUCAGGUUAAGGGAUUCGAUUUUUAGCUCGAAAGAAACAGAGAUGGAUCAGAUAACGAGGGAGAAGAGUGAGGAUAAGCAAGUGAAGAAGAAAGCUAAGUUAGAAUGGAGAGAGUGGGAAUGUGCAAAGCCAAUUGGGGAAGUGAUUAAACGUACUGGUGGCAAAGAAAAGAAGAAAUGUCAUUAUGAGACAUUCGAGUUUCAUGGCAAACGAUAUGGACUGGAAGAUACAGUGCUUUUGGUUCCGGAAAUCUCUAACCAAAACAACUAUGUUGCGAUCAUCAAGGAUAUUUAUGUAAAAGAAAUAGAUGGACUUGUGAAGUUGGAGGUGCAAUGGUUUUACCGUCGAGAAGAUAUUGAAAUAAAACAAGUUGGAAAGUGGGAAUCUAAAGACUCAGGGGAGAUUUUCUUCAGUUUCUAUCGUGAUGAAGUGUUUGCUGAAUCUGUGAAGCACGAUUGUCUUGUGUAUUUUGUGCCAGAUGAUAAGCAAAUUUCAAAUUAUACUGAGCAUCCCGACUUCAUCGUGAAAAAGGUUUAUGAUAGUAUCAACAAGAAGUUGAGGAAGUUUUCUGAUAAAGGCUUUAAUCUGCAUCAAAAGGCUGAGAUUAAUAUUCUCGUGGCAAAUACAAUUUCGAGGAUUGCUUAUCUCCUUGACAAUAAGGAAUUCCAAAUGACUAAGAUUUCGAGGCGUAAAAGAUCAGUUAGGAAAAGAUGUGUCUCCAAAACUGAGAUAGAGAGUUCUGGAAACAAUGCUGAUGAGGUCUCUGAGAAGGUAGAAUCAUUACCAUCCAGUGAUUUUGAUCGUGACAAGAAAAUGACUGAGCUUUUGGAAGCACUACUUCAGCACAUAUGUUGUGCAAGUAAGGAGAAGCAAGCUGGCGAUGUUGACUUUAUGUCACCAGAUAAUGUUGUUGUGGUGGUAUUUGCUCUUGAGCAAGCUUUAUAUGAUUCUUUUGGAGAAGAUAUACCAAAGUAUAAUUAUAAGUUGGAGCUUCUGGUUGAGCAACUCAAGAACUCACCAGUAUUAGCUAGAAGACUUCUCAGGGGCGGAUUAAAACCUGAACAGGUUAUAAAGAUGAAAUGCUAUGAGCUGGAACUGGCUGAUUUUGAAGAACUGGAGUAAGAUGCUGGAUCGGAUUCACCUCCAAAAGUGUUGGGCUUAAAGAUUUUCUUCUUCUUCUUCUUUUUAAUCGGUAGACAGAGUUAUUUUAUUUUCCCCUACAAUAUCCUUUCAAGAUAUGUUGCAGAUCAUAACUUCUUUUUUCAAGACCUAUUAUUUUAAAAAUUCAAGUAUGAAAGUUUAAACA